UUCCGAACGAUCCGUCGGAGCCCUGGGACCCAUCCCUUUGGGGGUGAACGAAAAAACCCUCGACCCUGGAUAAUCUACUGCUUCUGGCCAGGUGCGUCCAUACACCAUCCCAGUGCCCAGGAUGGUCCUGGCCAGGCAUAGUAGUUGCGCAUGUGCUUACUGCGUAAUACAAGGACAAGGUGAACGAAGAGGUGCAGAAGACGCUGAAGGCCGCGGCUGUCAAGAUCUUCACGGACGUGGCGGUGUGCCGGGCGAGCCCGCUGCCAAGCGCGCCCGCGAGCCCGAGGAGAUCAAAGCCCUCCAGGUGGACGACGAGAUCUGACCAUCAUGAUCCAGAGGCAUCCAGCCCUGCCCAGCUUCAGGCCUUCGUGCCACAGGGACCGUCCGGAUAUACUUUCGCCGCGUCGGUGGUGGAGAACGCGUCGUACGUGCUGUGCGUCACCCUCGGUGUAAUCGGCUUCGUGACCCUGCUGCUCUCCACUUUGGCCGGCGUGAGGGGCGGGUUCCCCCUGAUUCCUAUGCGCGCUAAUGAAAUUCUGCUCGGUUUCCCACACAGCGCCGUGCCCUCUAGCGACGCUUUCGUGAUGUGGUGCAGCACGUGUGAUUUGCUUGAGGAAGGUGAGUUCCAGACGUAUUACGAUUCAGUGACGGGGGCGCUCACACACCUCCAGAGCACCACGGAAUACUGCCGGGAUCUCGAGUGGUGGGGGUUCAGUAAACCUGCGCAGGGCCUCGCUGGGAACGCAUACUUUUCUGAGAGCAACGCUGCUUCGUUCGUAGACUUUCGGCUCGGUGAUGAGCGCUGCAGGCCAGCAGUCCGGAGAGAGCUGAAGGCUCUGAGCGGGACCAGGGGGCACGUCACCUCGGCGCAGGGCAGUCCGGAGACGGCCGCAGCGGCGUCCAGGGAGGCAGAGGGUCGGCGAAUGUGGACUUGCUGGCGCCACGUGUUGCUCGCGGCCCCGGUGUGUGCCCUGAUCUUGUGGAUGGCCGUGGGCAACGUCUACCGGGCCUUGACCCCCUUCCUUUGUGCUGGGCUGGGCUCGCCCUGCUCGCAGGCCGGGCCGCCGUCGGCGUCGUCAGGGCCGUUGUAUUCGCAGAGUUGGACACGGGUUUCGACGAAUCUCUCGCGAUCUUCGUUCUCAUGGCGCUGUGCGUCGACUACGCGCUCUUUUUUUGGUCGCGGUUCAAUAAAGAGAGGGAGGCGUGCGCGGGGGUGGGGAGCUACAAUGUGGCUGUGACUGCGGCGCUGCACAGGUCGGGCAUGAGGAUCCUCACAAGGAACUGCUUCGUGACAAUGGCCUACGCCUGUACGAUGCUGCUGCCACACAUGAACUUGUGGGCUUACCUUGGGCUGUACAUAGAAUGCAUCGUCGGCUGCGCGACCGCUGCGUUGUACAGUGUCACUGUGACUCCCGCGCUGGCAGUUGUUCUUCCUGAGAUCUUCGACACAGUGGAUUGCCCGCUGGACAAUCGACAACACCAGCUGUGGUCUGGGCUCCCAGAGCCCGAGGCCUUCUGGAGGCGGUGGGCGGCGCGCAUCACCACCUCCAGGCCCGUGAUGUUCGCACCGCUGGUCGCCUAUCCCUGCAUGGCGUUGCUGAUGUACCAGCUGAUGCGCUACCAGCCCAGCUACGAUGUGGAGGCCAUGUCUCUGCGCGAGGACAUCUUGGAGCCGCAGGCAUAUAGGCAGUUUCAAGACUGCUUUAACAUAGGCAUGAUCAACCCGGUCAACCUCGUGCUGGAGGCCCACCCGCUGCCAGGGAUUUCCUCGCCCAGCGCAGGGAGCGAGGCGGAGGCGGCACGCCUGGAGGAGGAGGAGGAGGUGGAGGAGGAGGAGGCGCUGGCCGCCCAGCGGCCCCGCCGGGAGCUGGCUAAGGGCGAGGCCGCGUCGGCCGCCGCCCAGCGGCGCCCCGACGCAGAGCGGCGGGGCCUUUCGGAGCCGCUGGGGCGUGCGGGGGCGGCAAGGCUGGCCCGGCAGACCGUUCUGGUGCAGCAGCGGCGGGCAGCGGUGGGGGAGCACGGCGGCGGCGGCGCGCGCGCUGGCCUGCUGCAGCUGGAUGAGCGGGCCUCGCACGGGUCCGUGAAGGGCGCCGCGCGCGGCGCGAGGUCGGGGCCUGGCCAGGGCAGGGACGAGGGGCAGCCGAUCACGUGGCAGGACGUGCUGCGCAGUGACCCCGCGAGCCCGCCGCUGGACCCCGCAGACCCGCUGCUGGCGCGGAGGCUAGCCGUGCCGAGGGACACCGAGGGGGCGCUGAGCUUCUGGAGGCGUCACAGGGAGACGGCAAAAAAGGGCGUCGCCAGGAGCACCAACGUGGCGCCAGCUCAGUGCGUGAGCCAGCAGGCGGCCCCCGGGGCCAGCCGGUUCGCGGGCGGCAGGGACGUCGCGUUCUCGUCGGAGUUCGGGAAGGAGGCGUGCGCGCUGGUAGGCUCGCUGCUGGCGGCCUCAGGCGGCACUGAGUGGCAGAUAGACGGCGAGGACGUCCUCGGUCUGUGGUGGAUGCCGAGGAUGCUGAAUCCGAGCAGGAGUGGCCCCGGCUUCCGGGUGGGCGGGGGCGAGGAGGGCGCUCCCGCCACGAAGUCUGGGAGCCUCAUGCGCGACGAGCUGGUCGCGCGGGAGCUGCUGCAGAGGGUCCCGGAGGUCCUGAGGCAGAGCGUCUCGACCGACGGGAACAAGGUCCUGCUGAGGGUGGCCAGCAGGUUCCGGCCCUCGAGCCGGGCGGCCCACGAGCUCGACUCCUUCGUCCGCGUCCUGGAACGGGGCGACGUGGGGCACUUCGAGCUCGGCGGCAGGCGGUACGGCAUGAGGCUAAGGCACCAGAGCCCCAUGCAGGCCAUCGUCGAUGCCGACGGGGCGCUGCGGCAGGCUGCCCUGAGAAUGUUCGGGCUCUUUGUGCCCGCGGUCGUCUUUGCCGCGGGCAUGCGCUUCGGGUCGCCAUUCUUGAUGGCGAAGCUCGUGCUGACGGUCGUUUUGCCUAUCUUGACUACCUACGGCCUCGCGAUCUCGGUGUAUCAGAUGAACGUGUUGGGCUGGACCGGGAUCACCAUGCUCAAGGGCACCGGCGGCUUAGACUACCGGCUGGUUGCCAUAACGGGGGGCGUCCUCUUCGGUUUCGCGAUCGACUACGACCUCUUCCUGUUUGCCCGCGUCCGCGAGCUCCGCCUCGAGGGAUACGACCCCAAGUCCGCUGUGCGGCGCGCUCUCGUUGAGACGGGGCCAGUCACGACCGCUGCUGGAGCAGUGAUGUCAUUCUCUUUUUUCUUCUUAGCAAUGGCGCGCACGCCGUUUGUCCGCAUCAUGGGAUCCAUCCUACUCGUCGGUACUUUUUUGGAUACUGUCCUGGUGCGUCUGGUACUGGCGCCGGCCAUUCUUACCAUCGCAGGGAGCGGCGCGCACUGGCCGCUCAAGAUGCCCCCAGCGACGAAGGCGGACGAGGUCAGCCCGCCGAAGUAAUUACUCAUUUUGUCAGGGAAGCGCAGCACGCGCAGUUUGUUUGAAGGUAGAGUCGUUCUGCAUGGCGGCGUUUGAUUUGCAGUGUCGCCCGUGAGAACCUCCUCCUUCGCCUGAUCUCUCUCCUCCUCUUCCCCACGGUGCUCCAUUUCCUCUCCUUGUCCUCCUGCUGGUGCAGCGGUUCCUCCUCCUCUCACCUCGGUCUGCAAGCGGCUUUGGGUACUUGCGCACCCCCGUCAUUAGCUUCCGGUCGAGCUCUUGUGCGGAUCACCGAGUUCCGAGCUCCUUAUCUUACCAGUCCCUCUUCCUCGCUCUCGCCCUUUGUGCACGCAGUAUCUGUAUCACGCGCGUGAAGUGGUGCUGACAACGGAGUUCAG